AUGGCUCAAACCAAGACCAUUGCUCAAGUGUUUCUGCACAAUCGAUUUCCCAAAUGGAAGGACGACAAUAAAACCUACAUGAUUCCUCCGAUCUUUCACGCAAAGCAAAGCCGUCACCAGAUUGGCAUCACGCAGCCUGUGCCCUAUUCUUAUCCAGAGGACAACAGUAAAAGUAUCAUCUACAAUCUCUUGAGGGAGCUUGGAGACAUCGAAAGAAUGGGUAUGUUUGUUUUUUAUCAUUUUGCGUUAAACGACAUAGGACAAUGGAACAAGAAAUGCAAAAACAAAGAAUACCUGGCACCUGAAUUAGCAUUGAAGACAGGGGAGUGCGAUUUCAUCAUUUUCCACCACCAGCUUGGUAUAAUAUCGCUUCAAGUGUAUAAUUCUUGGUACGUUCGGGAUAAAACCAUAGAACUCAUCAAGAAGUUUUCGGAGGUAUCCGAGGCAGAAGAUUAUUUCUCUGUCCCAUACAAGAAAGUUAUUGCUUUACCAUCCAUCAAGAAAGCUGAUUUUAAUCGAGCCACUUUCCCAAGCCUGAAAGAUGACACAUUGUUCCUAUUUGAAGACGACUCUCAAGACAUUUCUUCAUUUCAGAAAUGGUGGAAUGACGCAAUCGAAAGCCCAGCCACGAUUCCAAUGUCAGCAGAAACCUCACAAGCCUACGAGCAAGCCUUAUCAUAUACCUUGAUGAUUCAGCAUCUGGGCCCUGUGACGGAAAGUGAAUGUAUAAAAGUAAUCCACGAAUCUCUGGAUAACAAUACGUACCAUGGAAAAGCGGCCUAUCCCCAAGUUAUGGAGAAUAAGUUCCCCCAUUUCUUGUCCUGGUGCAGAAAUGUCCUCAGUGGGAGGGCCGAUGGAAGGAAUUCUGUUUUGGAAAAAAAGAUACAGCAAUCUUUUAUGAAGAAGCACAAGCUGAGUGAAAAACAUCUUCGAGGAAAUAAAGGAAUGACGCUUCUUAACGAAUUGUUGAAAAACAGCAAGUAUAUUGAUGGAGAUGAACAGUCGUCGACAGACGAUGCAAUAUCCGCUGUAUUUGAAGAUUCUUAUUGCCUCUUCUUCAAGCACAUUCUAGACUACAUUAACAAGAUGCGAAAAGUACGAUUGGAGAUCGAAGAGAAGCAUACCAAAGAAGAAGAAGCACUGAAGAAGUAUCCAUUCCUAAAGCUGAAAUCUCCUAAGGAUUUCAACAUGCUUGACAGACACCUCGCAAGAUCACCUUUCAUAGAUGGAGACGAACCGAGUGAAGUUGACAAACAAGUCUUGGAAUCACUAACAUGUCGAAUGCGACUCAAACAUGCUUGCCAUCCAAUAGUUAUGACCUCAGAGCAACUUGUUGUUUUCGAAGGACCCAGCAAACAGUUGAUAAUUGGCCCACCAGGAAGUGGUAAAACAGAAUUAAUGAAGUCCAAAGCCCUCGAACUGGGUAUUGAUAUGAAAAUAUGCAAGAGUGAGAAGAAGAUUAUGUACAUUCUUGCCAAUGGAUCUCCUGAUUAUCAUGACAGAAAUUCUCUAUUAUUUUACGACAUCAAAGAGUUUUUCACUAAAAAGUCCCCUCUUGUUGAGGUUAUCUCUAUUGUACUAGAAGAAGAAUCAGCUGAAGACACAGAACAUACAACAUCAGAGAUCAGGAAAAAGAUUCAAAGUGGCGAGUAUGAACAUGCCUUUAUCGAUGAGUAUUGGAUUGGGUCCAAGCCCACUGAGCACAAGAUAAUACUAGAGCUUGUUCGUGGAUUACCAGGUUAUGUAUGGAUUAGUUCUGUGUUUAACUACCGCCCAGAAGCGAAGAAAGUGAAAGCUAAUACUCAGCCACUUUUAACAGCGCUGCAUGAAAAUGGUGGAGAGGUUCGCCAUAUCACUCAAGUCACGAGAGCCACGAACAGUAUCAUAGAGCUUGAAAGAGAUUACAGUAAGGUGUACGCAGAUCGAUCUUACCCUUAUGGAACUGAACGGAUCCUUGGUCAUUCUUACGAAGGGCUACCUGUCACCUGGGCUGUUGAAAAAGCCGUGAGCGAGAUGUACGACAAAUGUGUGGAUAUUGUUAGCAGUGCCAUAACUGACGUCAUCCCCCUGGAUAUACUUAAAAGAGAUAAGAUUACUCUAGACCAUGCAGAUGUCCUCAUUGUGGAUUUUGCUAUUCGGAUGAACGAGUCACGUCAGCUGGAGCAGUCACUACUGGAUCGCUUAACCAACCGUCGUCAUGUUCCUGUUUGGACAUUUGAUGAAAGUCGAGAGCGAAGCGUUGAGUCGAAAACGGGGAAAGUGACUCUACUGCAGUCUGUCACACAUAGUGCCUCCAAAUUCAUUGAUGGUGUUGAACGGUCAAUGGUCGUGGUCAUUCUGCCUUCUGGUAUGGUACUGAAAACAGCAAAGCUGGCGGAUGGAGCAAAGGAGCUCCGGAAGUUAGAUCCUUAUAUUUCCUUCUUUCGUACGACGGUUAAGUUGGUCGUGAUCUCAGAUAAGUGGACAAGUAAGGAGGAGUUUUUAAGUGAUGUCAAAGUUCAUAUGUAA